GGCCCCUCCCUCCCCCUAUGCCAAUUAGUAGCUAGUGGUGGUGACUGAGUGAUAAAAUCGUGGAUGCUCUCUCCCACGUGCUGUGUUGGGUGCGUGUGCGUCGCUCACUCAUUCACGAAAACUGCGCCCCCGCCGCUUGAAAGUGUGUGUACGUGUGAAGGUGUGUGGCCCUGCCAGUGUGUUUAGGCACGCCCGAGGGAGCGGAGGGCCAGUGCGGCGGCCUUCUGUCCGCUCACUAGCAUGGCACCAAAUGUGGGGCCCUACACAAAUUUGCACAGACAGACACACACAACACAGAUAGGAUACAUACUCUCUGGUUGGGUGUGUGUUGUCGGCCGCGCACCAUUCGAGGGAGUCCCUUGGCCUCAGCGAUUUCCAUGCCAGCGACGAUCAUACCCGGCACCAACUCCUGCGUCUCGUUGACCACCAGAUCCUCGGCAGCGUUCUGGUCCAGUCCACCCAUGCCUGCACACACAUCCACACACACACAGAGCGUCUGCUGCUGCUGUCCGUGUUGCCUCCCAUCCACACGCACCGGGGACGUGUUUGAGUAUGCCGAUGUCGGCCAGUCGCUUGACGCCCGUUGCGCCCAUGGGACCGUCGUGGCCCGUGCACGACACAAUCACCUUGGUCUCCAUCACGUUCGGAUCCAUGCACGACUGACAUCAUGACACCAACACACACACACACACACACACACACCACACACAGGUGUGCUCCCUCCCUCCCCCUCUCUCCCUGCACCCUUUCCUGGCUGACCUGGGUGUCAUGGUUCUGCGCGACGAGGGACCAGUUGGUGACGGCGCCGGCCACACGGCCGCCCGUGAAGCCCUCCGGCGUGUGGUGGGCCUCCUUGACGAUGAGGUCCUCGACUGCCGUGGCGUUGAAGAGCUUCACGUUGGGAGCCUUGAGCACCUUGGACAGGAUGGUCGACGUGAACAGGGCGGCGUGCUUGACCACAACCUGCAGAUCAUAUAGAGGAUUGGUGGAGGGAUGUGUGUGUGUAUGUGGGCCGUUCUGUGUGCGUACGUAGUUGUCCUUCUCGUCGUAGGGGAUUUCCAGCUCAUCGAGCAUGUGGUGGCCGGGCUUGCGGACAACCUGCGCAUCCACACAUACACGAAAGCGGCACGGCACACACGCAUCCAUCCAUCCAUCGCUCUGUCUGUUGCGCGAAUCCACCCACCCACUUGAUUCACGCCCGUACCAUGGCGCUGAACAGCUGUCCGCCGAGCCAGCAUCCGCCGCCAGGGCUGACACUCUGCUCGAUGACGGCCACUUUGAUGUCCGGGUGCUUGCUCAGCUCGUAGGCGCAGCUCAGCCCAGCACUGCCGGCCCCGACGAUGAGCACAUCCGUCUCGGCGUACUUGUCCAGGUCCGCAAAGUAACGCGACGUCAUCUCACGCGACACCUGCACACCACACACACACACCAGCAGAGAGAGGAUGAGACGUGUGUCUUCGGGUGUGUUGCGCUGUGCCUGCCCACCUCGCUCUCGCGGAUCGGGGCGAACUGGAAAUGGUUCAGAUCCUCAUAACCUGACACAGUCAGUCAGACAGACAGACACGCCACACACGUGAGACACACCAACCUCAGCAGUGUGAGCGUGCGUCGGUGUCCCACUGACCGUUCAUCUUGACGGCCUCGCGCAUGGCCUUUUCGUGCUGCUCCAUGGCCUGGUGCGCCACGUUGACGCUCUCCGUCAGAUUGACGCCCAUCUUCAUACUCGCCGCAGCAGCACCCGCCUGAAAGCGGGCCUGACUCGCCAGGCGCUGGGGCAGCGCGCGAGCAGAGGCGGCUCUCAGAGAUCGGCUCAGGCAGUUCAUGAUCGUGUCGUCGCUGGCAGAACAGAGGGGUGGUGGUCUUGGGUUGGGUUGGUCUGCGUGGGCGAGGCAACAAGCUCCCUUGCUUGCG